AUGGAAAAGAGGUCAUCCUGCAGGUCCUGCAUUCGUAUCUGUUUCAUGUUUGUGUGCCGCACCGUGGCGGGCAUGGUGAUACCACACUCACACACUGAUAGAUUCGUUACUAUUCUCCCCACCUACCUAUCAAUCACACAGCAAUUGCAAAAAGAAAACCCCUAUUUUCCUUGGUCAUCUUGGUUGCCUUGCGACUCAGUCAUUACAAGCUUCUCCCUUGAAGUUGCAGGUAUCAUGUCGACAAAAGCGCCGAACACUAAUCGAGGUCUAGGAACUCUAGUGGACAGCUAUGUUCGCAAAAGACUCCGUCGUGACAUUCACCCUGCGCUUGCCAAGGUGCGGGACAAAUCUGAGGCAGAAUCAACAUUCCUGAAAGCCACAGGCGCCGAACUCCGAGUAUCGUGCCAUACAGCUGUGGGUGCGAGCGAAGAUGGAAACCAGAACCCAACGUCCGUUGCCAUGGUGGCAGGCGAAAAUGACUGCGGCAUCUCUCUUGAAGAGAUAUACCGAGAUGCCACACAAGAAAAGCUGCGGUUUCAAUUAGCAAUCGCUGAUUAUGAGAAGCUAACAUCAGGACCAAAAUUCGGUUCAGGAAUCACCACCAAGCCUUCGUUUACUUGGGAGGAUGUCUUGGAAGAGGCCCAGCGGGCUGCAGACACGUAUUCGGAGGCUUCUGGAAUGUGGAACAAGAUUCGAAAGGGUCUUUGCAGCUUCGGGCGAAAUGCAAAGGCCUUCGAUGCCUGGGCCAGCUUGCUACCGUCUCAGUCCGAAUACCUAUCUGUUCUGUGCGGAGGAUUGAAGUUUAUCUUUGGGGCUGCUGCACGCUUGCACGACCUCAAUUCGGAUGUUUGUGAUGCUCUGGCGGAAAUUCCGAUUCUACUAAAAAGCACACAUCUGGUGUUGGGGAUCUUCAAACGCUCCAAGGACCUCCAUCAAGCAAGUGCGGACCUUUAUUCUGUGAUAAUAGCAGCACUGCAUCACAUUGUUUUGUGGUAUAGAGAGAAAGCCAUCAGUGAGUACACGUUUCCUCUCUCCAUUCUCUUCCGCAUUGCUGAAACUAAAUGGUAUCCAGAAACGCUUUUCAAGAGUAUCCUAAAGCAGGACGUAUAUGCUAUACAACUUACAGAGCUCCUCAGCAACGUUCGCCAACAAGCUGACCGCUUCGAACAUGUUGUUCGUCUCAACUCUUACGAGCGAAUUGUGACUACGUCCGAGAUGGUACGAACCCAAGGGGUCCGGCAGGAUGAAAACCACAGCAUACUUGUCCGCUAUCUCGAUGAUGCAAACAAUGAGUUACACAAUUUUCGGGAGGAAUUCAGUUCCAAGGCGGUGGACUUGCAGUCGCAGGUCAGUGAAUUGACCAAUGUGUUGGCAGCGUUCUUAGGCAUGAGAGGUCCCUCUCUUCCGAUUCGCAAGGCAAAAUCCGAGUCAAGGCUCACACGAGAUUCUUCGCCCGAGUCACUACCUCAUGGCUCUAAAACCAGCCACAGGCUCGAGGAGACCAUAUCCACACUAGACUAUGACAGCUCAGUGAUUGAGAGGGACAUAGUCACCAGUUUGCGCAGCGUAUGGCAGGUCCCCAUUUCAGAUCAAGACCGCCUUGUCGCGGCCAUACAAUCACCAAAGCUCCAGAGCUGGAUAACGGAAACAACAUCCUCUGCCCUGUUCCUCAACUUCAACGCCACUCGCAACCACCACACGACAUCGUUCGUCGCCGCAAAGUUGGCCAAUUCAAUCCAGUCAUCUUCCGUCUUGGUGGUCACCUUCUUUUGCGGUCCACACACGGAUCGACGCAGCGAAGAUCCAGACUUUGGCGUCACGGGCAUGAUGCGCAGUUUAAUCAGUCAGCUUCUCUUGACAUAUCCAAAUUUUGGUCUACAUACCCUCCGUCAGAUCCAGGAAAAAGACAUGGAUGACGUUGAGGACCUCUGCGAAAUAUUCUACCUCCUCGUUGCCCAGCUCCCACGUCACAAGGCACUUUUCUGCAUUUUGGAUAGUGUGACCAAUUUCGAGGACAACAACAUUUUGCGAAUGGAGAGCGAGAUGGUCAUGGGGCAAUUGAUGGAGAUAAUUACCUGGACGGCCGAGUACGGGUGUUGCUUCAAACUGUUGUUGACGAGUCCUCGAAACAGCCGGGUGCUCUACAAGCAUCUGUCGAACCCCGAGCAAGACUCGAUUUGGCUACCCGCGAAGGUUCCCUCGCAGGGGGGUUUCACGAAGGGGAAGUGGGACGGGAGUAUUGGUGGGGAGGUUGAUAAGCUGACGAUUUUUUAA